GCAUUUAUCUUCCUAGGACACAAAUGAUAGCCAAGAUAUUAAGCCCCUUGUUUAGGAUUUGAAUGACAUUAAACCCCAAACCUAAGAAAACCCCUUUCUGUGAGACUUCCUGUAGGACAGCUAUUACAGGUGAGAUUCAGCUUGCAUAUUAAGACAGCUGAAAUUAGAGAUGAGAUUCAGCCAGACAUCUAAAAGUGAAGGUAUCGGCCUUGCAUAGGGUAAUUUCUUCACAUGGAAUCAACCACAAGUGGAAACCUUUUGAAAAGACUCUGAUCAGAUCUGAGACAGCCACAGCAUUCCUGAAAGUGGAAAAGAAGACAUUAUGUUGGUUAACAGCAUUAAAGGAAACAAGGUUGAAUUCACCCCUGAUCAGAUCGAAGAAUUUAAGGAAGCCUUCUCACUCUUUGACCGGACUCCCAAAUCUGAGAUGAAAAUCACAUACGCACAGUGCGGAGAUGUCUUGAGAGCUUUGGGGCAGAAUCCAACCCAGGCAGAGGUCAUGAAAGUUCUUGGCAGACCCAAACCAGAAGACAUGAACUCCAAGAUGAUUGACUUUGAAACCUUCCUGCCCAUGCUCCAGCAUAUUGCCAAGACGAAAGACACAGGCACCUAUGAGGACUUUGUGGAAGGUCUGCGUGUGUUCGACAAGGAGGGAAAUGGAACAGUGAUGGGGGCUGAACUCCGCCACGUUUUGGCUACCCUGGGUGAAAGGUUGACUGAAGAAGAAGUUGAUAAGCUAAUGGCUGGUCAGGAAGAUGCCAAUGGUUGUAUCAACUAUGAAGCUUUUGUGAAACAUAUCAUGGCUAACUGAAUACCAGGACAAGACAGGCGCUGAGAACCCCAGAUGCUGGCCUUGGAUUUCGAUGUAUUGGAAUGUCUUCUCAUUUUUCAGCCCAGAUUCCCAUUACAGAGCUACAAAAUGUACCGUAUUUGGAUAAAUGUUUUUUGUUUUUUUUUUGUCUUGUUUCUUCAUGGAAAGAGUAUGGCCUUUGUGGAGAUUCAAUACACUCAGGAAACUGAAGAAGCAUGGAAUCUGAACCAUGAAUACCUGGGCAUUGUCUUUUAUUUAUUUUUUUUCUGAUAUGGAAUAUAAACAGCAAUUUUUUAAGAGCGAGGGGAGAAAGGGGAUAGCGAACUUUCAUCACUAAGUCAAUCAAAAAAUGUAUUUGUCACUUAGCUAUACCCUUCUCUCCCUUUCUCUCUUCCUUCCAAAACAACUGGACCUUUCUUUUUGUGUUUAUUGCAUUUGUAAAAAAACAUCUGUAAGAGAGUAAGGGACAAAAGAAACUAAAACAACUGUAUAAAUCUCACGUGUGCAAGCAAUACUCUUGGCCUUUGGUGAAAAGUGGCAAAAAUAGAAUAUCCAUCAAUCAGCAACAAAUGCAAAAUUCUUCAUAUGUUUCUCAGCUUUGGAAGAUGCCACCUUUAAUAUGUGAGCUGUAAAGGGAAAACAAAGCAAAACAAAGAUGUAUGAAAUGUAUGCUAAAAUGGAUCCCUUCUCUGUUCUCCACAAGGAUAUCUUCCCUUUUCAACAGUCUGGCCUAUAAAACAAGUAAAAUGUCUUUCCCAAUACAAACUGGAAAUUUUUCUGAUAUACAUGUGUCGGUCCUGUAGCUUCUUGCAUUAAAACAUGGGAUUCUUUGUC